AUGGAGAAGGGGAAUGAGAGGAGAAAGAGCUUGUUCUCAAGGAUCUUCAAGACUAAAUCAUUGAUACCAAGGUCUGAUACCAAGAAACACAAGAAGGUGACACCGGAAGGAUGCCUUUCAGUUUAUGUUGGCGCCGGAGAAGAACGGUUCAUUAUACGUACAGAGUCUGUUAAUCAUCCCCUCUUUAAGGCUCUGCUAGAUGAUGCGGAGAUGGAGUAUGGUUACACAGCUGAGGGCCCGUUGAGGCUUCCUUGUGAUGUCGAAGUUUUUCAGCAUAUUCUCAAGGAGAUGGAGCAAGAUAUGGUGCCUUCUCCUUCUUUGAGUUGCACCUUCCCUGCUGGGUCUUAUGCAAGGUAUCAGCUCCUUAGCCCUUCAAAGCCAAUGGUUAUGGGGAGGUACUAA